AUGCGCAUUCUAUUUCUUUCAUUAAGGGAAAUUAUUAAAUGUGCAGAAUGUCAUGAUGAAACACCAAAGGACGAAACAAUGACUGAUCGUGGUUUCAGAAAUGAUAUGAAAUCUUUAUUAAUUACAUGUUCAUUAUGCCAAUGGAAUGGUUUAUUUAAGGAUUAUGAGGAGCACCUAAAAACAACUCAUCCAAAUCCAAUGUGUGAAUUUUGUGGAGAAAUAUUGACUUCAACAAUUAGACUUGAUGAGCACAAACAAAAAGAAUGUACCAAAAUUACUGUACCUUGUCCGCUUAAAGAAUAUGGUUGUUUGGAUUCAGUAAGUUGA